GUUCAAUUGUUUGUUGUGUGCUCCCAAAAAACAUAUAUAUAUUUGAAAACACUGUUCUUUACCUGAGCUAAAUAUUGAGUUCCAAAUUGCCACAGCGUGCCCAGAAAAAGAGCGGAAAGUUUUCAGUCUGGGUUUCUGUGUCGUUCUCUCUGUUUCGUUUCUCUGCGCCCCUCGUUCAGGUGUACCUGUCUAUCUGCAUCUAGGUUAAAUUCGCGAGUGUGUUACAAAAUGAUGGAAAGUGUGCAAAAAAACUACCAGAAAGUGAUACAAAAAUUGACUAACUAAUCCGCGGCUGGGGCUGGCGUUCGUUCGAUGAAAAGCGAAACCUGUGCGAAAAAAGAAAGCGUGUUUCCACUUUCCAUUUAGUCAGUCGUCGGCGCUAAAAGUGCACUGUGCUCUCCACACCACUCCACUCCUCUCCGGUUCGGGGUUGUGGACUGCCUCUGUCUCUCCAGGGGCACCCUGAUAAAGUGUUCACCAGAAUUGAAACCAAAGAACUCUAGCAGAGAAGGAGCAACGAAAGCCAUACAUCUGACAGAUACAGAAACGAGCACACACUCCUCCCCUCAUCGACAUCAUCAUCACAACAAACAAAAUGCUGAAGACAAAAUCAAGUGACGACAAACUGGAUACGCUCCUGUCGCGCAGCGUAAUACCGAUCAUCGAUCUGGCACACUGUGGGAUUGAGGAGGUGCCUGUCAAGUCAGUGGUGAAUCGAGUGGGUCACCAGCUGAAAAAGGCCCUGUCCGAGAAGGGCAUGGCUCUGCUGGUCAACCAUGGCAUAUCAGACGAGAAGCUUAAGACUGCCUGGGAUCAUCUGGAUGACUUUGUGGACCUUCCACCGGACGUGAAGCAGCACUACAUCCGCACAGAUGGCGACAAGCAUGGCUAUGUGAGUCGCGGCCAGGAGCGGUACGCCGGAAAGCCCGGUGCUCCCGACUUAAGGCAUGCAUUCAACAUUUGCACGCUGAAUGCACAGAAUCUGCCGGAAGAGCCGCUGCCGGGAUUCGCGGACCACAUAAGCACAUUGGCCACAGACUUCAAGGCGUUGGCCAGCUUCAUUCUGCAAUCGCUGGCCGUCUCCCUGGACAUUCCCACCACAUUCUUCCUCGAAAAGCACUCACACAUGCUGUCCGGCGACCACGACAACAUGACCUCCCUGCGUAUGCUCUACUAUCCCCCGAUCGUGGACGACGAGCCUGGCCAGAACGACUCCAUCAAGGGGCGCUGCCUCUACAGCUACCAGCGUUGUCUGUCCAACCAGCCGGACUUCCGUCCCGAGAACAAUCCCCGCGACGACGCCGAGCUAAAUGAGCUGGACGGGCCAAAUGGCCAACUGUUCGAGCAUAAACUUGGAAACGGUGCCGUCAUCACCUGCCCUCCUCAUGUGGACUAUGGCACGUUUACGCUGCUGGCUCAGGACUCGGAGGGUGGGCUGGAGGUGAAGUUGCCUGGCAGCGAAAAAUGGCAUCGCGUGGGCCAUCUGCCCGGCUCCAUUCUGGUUAACUGUGGCCAAAUUCUGAACACUUGGACCCAGGAACGCUAUCCCGCCUUGCAACACCGCGUCGUUGUGCCUGAACAGGAGUCGGUGCGGUCUCGGGGCAGGCACUCGAUUGCCUACUUCUGUCAUCCGGAUAACAUAACCAUGAUAUCGCCCAACGAUCUGCCCAAUCCCGAUGCCGCCCAGGAUGGGGCGUGUCUCAAGCAGCGCAAGAAGUCCUUCAAGGCAGCGAAAGAAAGAGUCUACAAUGCAUAUCAGUUAAUACAGAAAAAGUUCAGAGAUACGUAUAGCAAUAACAAUCACUCAUAACGAGGGGUACCACGGCCUCAGCCUGCGCCUCCGACCCACCUGUCGCAUCUCUACCUGAGCAGAAAUGAAGAUGAUCGUGUGGGAUGGGUACUACGAGUAGAAUGAAAAGUAUGAAGAAGCAACACAUUUGAUGUUUUGAACCUUUUUAUUAUUAUUACUUUAUUCCAUACGAUUGUAAUUGCUUCAUUUCUUGAAUGUACUCGUACAUGGGUACACCACAUACAAUACAUACAUAUUCAUACAUGCA